GGGUCUCGGGACCGCUAUGGUGGGGUGCGAGGGAAACGGAAGGAUGUUGUGCAGGGAGGCUUCCUGGACUUACUGAAUUCCGAGGACAUGUUGGAUUUCCUGGCCAAGCAGUCUCCUGAGCGUAUCGAUGAGCCCCCUGCCAAAAUAAUGCGUGAGGGACCGAAUGUAGAACUUCGAUUUUUGAUCUCCAGCAAGACUGCGGGACUAAUCAUAGGCAAACGCGGUGAAAGCAUUAAGAAGCUACGCGAGGAGGUGAGGCCAAUCCUGAUUCUAGAGGGCGAUGUUAAUUCAGUUAUCGAAAUAAUGCACAACACCUUGAACAGGCAGGUACAAAACAUCCAAGAGGACUGUGUUGACGUUCGUUUGCUUGUUCACCAAAGCCAGGCCGGCUGCAUCAUCGGCAAAGGCGGCACAAAAAUAAAGGAAUUGCGCGAGCAAUCCGUUCUGAAGACGCUUAAAGUUUACCAAAUGCUCUGUCCAAGCUCCACAGAUAGGGUUGUUCAACUUGUUGGCAGUGUUUCGCACGUCUUCAGUUGUCUGCAAGCUAUCACUGAACUACUCGAGGGUGCCCCACCGAAAGGACCUCGUCAAAAUUACGAUGCCAGGAGUUAUGAUGAAGACCUGGCUCAUGAUUACGGAGGCUGGUGUAUGAUGGGUAUGGGCACUUCCAGCGGAGGGUAA